AGGAAGCUAACAAGCAAACAUUAUGUGGUUCUUCAUUGUUUUACAGAUGAGAACUGGGAUGAUGACCAACUGCUUGGUUUUGAACCCUGUAAAGAAAACCUUGUCUCCGGCUGCAAUAUCAUCAAUGGGAAAUGCGAAUGUGUCACCGUUCGGAACUGCAACAACCCCUUUGAGUUUCCGAGGAAGGAUCUGUGUCUUUCAGCCUUAAAGAGGAUUCAGGAAGAGAAGCCGGACUGCUCCAAGGCCCGCUGUGAAGUCCAGUUCUCCCCGCGCUGUCCUGAGGACUCCGUCCUGAUCGAGGGCUACGCUCCCCCCGGGAAGUGCUGCCCCUUACCCAGCCGCUGCGUGUGCGACCCCGCGGGCUGCCUGCGCAAAGUCUGCCAGCCGGGAUACCUGAACAUUCUAGUGUCAAAGGCCUCAGGGAAGCCGGGAGAGUGUUGUGACCUCUAUGAGUGCAAACCAGUGUUCAGCGUGGACUGCAGCACUGUGGAGUGCCCCUCCGUUCAGCAGGCCGUGUGCCCCCUGGAUAGCUACGAAACUCAAGUCAGACUCACAGCGGACGGUUGCUGCACGCUGCCAACAAGAUGCGAGUGUCUCUCUGGCUUAUGUGGUUUCCCCGUGUGUGAGGUGGGAUCCGUUCCCCGCAUAGUCUCCCGUGGCGAUGGGACUCCUGGAAAGUGCUGUGAUGUCUUUGAAUGUGUUAAUGAAACAAAGCCCGCCUGCGUAUUCAACAACGUGGAGUAUAACGACGGGGACAUGUUUCGCUUGGACAAGUGUCGGUUCUGCCGAUGCCAAGGGGGCGUCGCCAUCUGCUUCACUGCCCAGUGCGGGGAGCUGAACUGCGAGAGGUACUACGUGCCCGAAGGGGAGUGCUGCCCGGUGUGCGAAGAUCCGGUGUAUCCUUUUAAUAAUCCCGCCGGCUGCUAUGCCAACGGCCAGAUCCUCGCCCACGGAGACCGGUGGCGGGAAGACGACUGCACGUUCUGCCAGUGCAUCAAUGGGGAGCCCCACUGCGUGGCCACGGUCUGCGGGCAGAGCUGCAUGAACCCCGUCAAGGUGCCCGGGGAGUGCUGCCCCGUGUGCGAAGAACCAACCUACAUCACAAUUGAUCCACCAGCGUGCGGGGAGCUACCCAACUGCACCCUGACAGAGAAGGACUGCGUUUACGGUUUCAAGCUUGACCACAAUGGCUGUCGAACUUGUCAGUGCAAAAGCAGGGAGGAGCUGUGCUGGGGCCUCCUGCGAGGCUGCACCUUGGACUGCCCCUUCGGCUUCCUGACGGACGCCCACAGCUGCGAGAUCUGUCGGUGCCGCCCCCGGCCCAAGAAGUGCAGGCCCACCACCUGUGACAAGAGCUGUCCGUUUGGAUACCUGAAGAAUAAGCACGGCUGUGACAUCUGUCGCUGCAGGAAGUGCCCAGAGCUCCCGUGCAAUAAAACCUGCCUCUUGGGUUUCCAGAACGACAGCCGCGGCUGUCUUACCUGCAGGUGCCGAGAGGUCCCCGCGUCACCCACCUCACCUGCCCUGUCCGGCACGUGCCUGUCCAUGGACGGCCAUCACCAUAAAAACGAGGAGAGCUGGCACGACGGGUGCCGGGAGUGCUACUGCCACAACGGCCGGGAGAUGUGCGCGCUCAUCACCUGCCCGGUGCCCGCCUGCGGCAGCCCCACCAUCCGCCCGGGACAGUGCUGCCCGUCCUGCUCAGAUGACCUUGUGGAGCAGAAGCCGGAGCUCAGCGCCCCCUCCAUUUGCCACGCCCCUGGAGGAGAGUACUUUGUGGAAGGAGAAACGUGGAACAUAGACUCCUGUACUCAGUGCACCUGCCACAGCGGGCGGGUGAUGUGUGAGACGGAGGUGUGCCCGCCGCUGCUCUGCCAGAACCCCUCGCGGACCCAGGACUCCUGCUGCCCACAGUGUACAGACGCGCCUCUCCAGCCUUCGCCCUCCCGCAACGACAGCGAGCCCAGCUACUGCAGGAACGAGGAGGGGGCCAUGUUCCUGGCCGCCGAGUCCUGGAAGCCUGACGUUUGUACCAGCUGCGUCUGCAUGAACAGCCUCAUCAGCUGCUUCUCCGAGUCCUGCCCGGCAGUAUCCUGUGAGAGACCUGUUCUGAGAAAGGGCCAGUGCUGUCCCUACUGCAUAGAAGACAGCAUCGCGAAGAGGGUGGUGUGCCACUUCGGCGGGAAGGCCUACGCCGACGAGGAGCGCUGGGACAUAGACAGCUGCACGCACUGCUACUGCCUGCAGGGCCAGACCCUCUGCUCCACCGUCAGCUGCCCGCCGCUGCCCUGCGUGGAGCCCAUCAACGUGGAAGGCAGCUGCUGCCCAAUAUGCCCAGAAAUGUAUGUCCCGGAACCAACCAAUGUGCCCAUUGAGAAGGUAAAUCGUCGUGGCGAGACUGACGUGCAGGUUCCCAGGCGGCCCACUCCUAGUGAAAAUGACAUUGUCCAUCUCCGCAGAGAUGUGGGUCAUCUCAAGGUAGAUUACGGAGAUAAUAACAGGCGGCACCCAGCGGAAGACUCCUCACUGGACAGCAUAGCCGCGGUCGUGGUUCCCGUCGUGAUAGGCCUCUCCAUUAUCAUAGCAUUCCUGCUCAUCAACCAGAAGAAACAGUGGAUACCCCUGCUUUGCUGGUAUCGAACGCCAACGAAGCCUUCUUCCUUAAGCAAUCAGCUGGUAUCUGUGGACUCCAAGAAAGGACCCCGCGCCCAGGGGGACAGUGCCCAGAGGAUGCUCAGGAUUGCGGAGCCGGACGCCAGGUUCAGCGGCUUCUACAGCAUGCAGAAACAGAACCAUCUACAGGCAGACAAGUUCUACCAGACGGUGUGAAGGGAGGCAAGUCGGAUGAGGUGGUAGAAGCCAGAAGCGACUCAAUCUGCUCUUAAAAGUAAACUAGAAUUUGUGCACUUGCUUAGUGGGUUGUGUUGGAUGGUGACUUGAUGUACAGCGCUAAGAACUAACUGGGAUGGGCUCUGUCGGCGGCAGUGUGCAGAACAAGCAUUCCCACUUUUCCUCAAGAUGACUGACCAAGUGUUUUCUUAGAACCAAAGUUUUCCAAGUUGCUAAGACAUAUUUGCUUGUAAUAUAGCGGUAGAGAUAUUUGGGGGCGGGGACAGUCGAGUUUGGCUGGGGAAGUGGGUGGGAGGGUGGUGUUGGGAAGACAUUGGUCAGCUUGGCUCGGGGAGAGUCCCAUGAAGCAGCAGCAGUUCAGGGGCCCAGCGGAUGCUCUUCCUGUUGCUCUGGAGCCUGCGGGGUUGCGGCGCUCGGGCCCGAGUGAGCAGGAAGCCAAAGGCCUUGUGAUCCCGCCGCUGCAGCCACCUUAGCAGCACAGAGAGCGCGGCAGAACCUUCCAAUAGCCAUCCCAGGUCUAAAGCCACAGUUCCUUCCCUCUAAUCACAGCUGCCGUGGGCGGCGAGGGAGAUGUGAGGACCACAUUUCCGGGAAGCGGGUUGUUCAGGAUAUCUACAGUUAGACUUUUUGCUGCUUUCGUUUUCUUCCAAGCCAAUCAGCCAGUUCCUAGCAGAGUCGGCAGGUAAACAGGACCCAAAGUCAUUUCUUGGCGUGAGCACUGAGCUGUUCCCAGGACCGCGCGGCACGGAGGGGGGUGGAGGUCGCCAGGUAUUUCCAGGGCUACGCUUCAUUGUUUGCUGUUGCUUCAUUCUGUUUGAUUGUUGGUUGUUCACAGUUUUUGUUGAAGCUCUAGCUUAAGAAGAAACUUUUCUUUUUAAAAAGACUGAUUGGGGAUUUUUUUUUCCUUAUUAUAUACUGAUUCUACAAAAUAGAAAACUACUUCAUUUUAAUUGUAUAUUAUUCAAGCACCUUUGUUGAAGCUCAAAAAAAAUAUGCCUCUUUAAACUUUAGCAAUUAUAGGAAUAUUUAUGUAACUAUCUUUUGCUUCAAAAAAAAAAGUAUUUGUGUGCGUGUGUAUAUAAUAUAUACAUAUAUAUUUAUACACAUACAAUUUAUGUUUUCCUGUUGAAUGUAUUUUUAUGAGAUUUUUAACCAGAACAAAGACAAACAGGCAUUCCAUAUCAAUACUUUUGAUCACUUACAAAUUUUUGAAUAACAUGAGAUCUCGUUCUACCUGCAGUUUAAUCGGGAAGAAAGGUGUGUGUGUGGGCGAGUGUGUACGUACACGCCUUGGGCCGUGCCAUCACACCUGCUGUGGAGAAGGUCUUCCUUUAGUAAAUCUCCUGACUCAUUUGGAUUUGCUUUCAGUUGGUUUUCAAUUCGCUCCACUGGCCAGAAACACUGAUGGCAGUUUAUCUGCAUCACUAAUCAGCUCCUGGAUUUUUUUUUUUUUCUUCAAACAACUGUUUGAAACAACUACUGGAAUAUUGUCCAUAAAUAAGCUGGAAGUUUGUUGUAGUUUGCCUCAAAUAUAACUGACUGUAUACUAUAGUGUUAACUUUUCAAACAGCUCUUAGCACUUUUAUACUAAUUACCCAUUUGUGCAUUGAUUUUUUUCUUUUAAAAAUGCUUGUUGUGAAAGACACAGAUACCCAGUAUGCUUAAUGUGAAAAGAAAAUGUGUUCUGUUUUGUAAAGGAACUUUCAAGUAUUGUUGUAAAUACUUGGACAGAGAUUGCUGAACUUUAAAAAAAAUUUUAAUUUAUUAUUAUAAUGUCCUAAUUUAUUAAUCUGAAGAUUAACCAUUUUCUUUGUCUUAGAAUAUCAAAAAAAGAAAAAGGUGUUCUAGCUGUUUGCAUCAAAGAAAGAAAAAGAUUUAUUAUCAAGGGGCAAUAUUUUUAUCUAUUUCCAAAAUAAAUUUGUUAAUGAUAUGAUGUUACCAAAAUAAGAUUUACAUCAGCCUGAUUAAUAUAAAAUUUUGUUGACAAUUAAUCCAUUCCUGGCAUAAAAAGUCUUUAUCAAAAAAAUUGUAAAUGCUUGCUUUUUCAAUCAUGGCCAUAUUAUGAAAAUACUAACAGGAUAUAGGACAAGGUGUAAAUUUUUUUAUUAUUAUUUUAAAGAUAUGAUUUAUCCUGAGUGCUGUAUCUAUUACUCUUUUACUUUGGUUCCUGUUGUGCUCUUGUAAAAGAAAAACAAAUAUAAUUUCCUGAAGAAUAAAAUAGAUCUAUGGCAGGCA